UUUAUGCAUUUUAUACACAUGUACUGUUUAUGCUGCCAUUCAAAUUUAGUAUAAAUUCCAAAUAACACCUAUACGCUUUGUGAAGGCAAAACAAAAUUCUACAACAUGCCAAAACUGGUUGGGUGUUCUAUUAUGAUCCUCCUACUUCUUCAAGUAUUCAACGUUUGGAGUUUCCGCAAACAAGAUUGUGUCAAAGAUGUACACGACGAACGUAAAGUGUGCUAUGCAAGGAUACCUGUUUUCAAAUGGGACGAUACAAUUAAAAAUUGUGUACCUGCUAUUUACAUGGGUUGCCAUCCAAGCAACAACAAAUUUCAUUCUAUAGAUUCAUGCCAACGAAUCGCAGGACGUAUCUGUAAGCAUUAAAAACAAUAGAUGGGUUUACUUUAUAAUAAAAUUCCUGAUAUGUAAACAUUAAUAAAUCCUU